CAAAACAAAAAGCUGUCAAAAGUAAAUCGUAUCGAAUACAUAAUCAGUUCGGUUCAACAUUUCGGAAAAUUUAUUUCUUUUAAAAUAUUAACGUUGCAAAUACUUCAACCAAUGUCCCAACUGCUGCGCAGCCUCAGCCGGCUGUCCAUUGGCAGCCCCAACCGCUUGGUUGCGGUGGUAAGUGCUUCCCCGGCAGCGGCGAUCACCAACCAGUUCCAUACCAGCAGCACGUUGUCCAAGAAGUGGGGCAACCAGAGCAGUGGCCCCAAACGAUGGCUUCCGUACAACAAAAUCGUCUAUCCGCCGCAGACAGCCGAUGAGGAACCCCGGCCGGCGUUCGUGUGCCACCAGAAGACCAACAUCAAGUACAGCCCGAAGAAGAUGUGGUACGUGGCCAGCUUCGUGCGGGGUAUGUCGGUGGACGAGGCGAUCAAGCAGCUGUCCUUCAUCGACAAGAAGGGUGCCUCUGCGGUCAAGGAAACGAUACUGGAAGCAAUCGAGCUGGCCGUGAAGCAGCACAAUGUCGAGUUCCGGUCCAAUCUGUGGGUGGCGGAAUCGUUUUGCGGCAAGGGGCGCGUUUUCAAAGGGUUCCGUCGGCACGGUAGGGGUCGGCAUGGCGAAGUUGAAUACAAACACGUCCACUAUUUUGUCCGGCUGGAGGAGGGAAGUCCACCGGAACAUUACUACCCUGGACGGGAACCGAAGAGUGGGGAGCAAAUGUUGCAGGAAUGGUUGGAAUCUAUGCGGAAACGGAAGGUUAUUGGCUCUUUGUAAUAUCUGAUUGUUUUGCAAUAAAAGCGGUAGUGUUCAAAAAAUGA